GAAACAGAAAGUACGCAGAUUAUGGAUACACUUCAAAAAUAUAUAUUUGGCACUUUAAACUUUCGAGUAUGUAACUUCGUACCCAAAGAUAUCAAAUGUUUGUGUAUAGAUUAUGUUUUACAAAGUAAAGUUGGUGAAGAUAUCAUUGUAUAUACAAUAUUUCAUAGCGUGGCUAGAAGACUUGGUCUACGUUGCGAUCUAAUAGAUGUUGACACUCAAAUCUGUAUAUUUUGGAAAUCAAAAUUCGUCACGAAUAAUUUAGAAAAUGCAAGAUGUUUUUACAUAGAAGACGAAAAUUUCCCGAAUUGUCUUCAUGAUUAUCUACAAGAUUACGAGUCUUGUGGAACACAUUAUAACAACAUCAAAAUAGGAACUGAAGAGAUGGAUUUUUACAUAAUAAAAACUUGUGUUGGAAUGUUUAUAAAGGACCAUAAAAUAAAUGAUUUGAUGUUAAUCGAAGUGAAUUUUAAUGUGUGAAAAACAUACGCGCACUAACAUAAUCGCAUAUUAGUAUAUAACAUAUACCAUUGUAAAAAUAAAGAGCAUUGUGAGAU